AUGGCCCCGUUCCUGCCGCCAUCGCGGACCGUUCCGCUACAACCACGACAAGCCUCCACUGCUACCACCACAGUCACCGUCACAAGCAACCCCAAUAACGGCAACGGUGGAGGCUCAACACUGGAUGGCGGCGCAAUUGCAGGCAUUGUCAUUGGCUCCAUUGUCGGAUUUCUCCUCCUCGUCUGGAUCAUCCGCUCUUGCUUCAACCUGGGCGGACCUUCACCCACGCCAGAGGUUGAGCCCUGGUAUGGCCGCCACUCGGAGCCAAAGCAUUACCAUCGCCAUCACCACCGACGGCCUCGCAGCCGCCGUCCGCGCUCGCGCUCGUCUAGCAUCACGCUGCCGCCGCCCCCGGUGGUUGUGAGACAGGAACGAUCGGGAGGACGGAGGUCAAGUCGGAGCCGGAGCGUCUACAAUACAUACUGA